AUGUCUCCAAGAACUCGUACUUCGAUCAAGCGAUCCCGGGAGGCCGCUGGUCUCACUACCACCGCCGCCGAUGCCGAUGAGCCUUCUGCGAAGGUUCAGAAGGUUUCUGCGGAACCAGAACUCAAGGGGGUUGAUGUCACUGCCUCUCCUCGAUCCGUCAAGGACAAGAUAAAGCUCAAGCUGAGAACCAGGUAUACUCCUGCUUACAAUCUCCGUCGUCGCCGCCGCUUGGCCAGCGUUGUCCGACUGGACUGGAACGGGAUGCCCGCCUCUGCCCAACAAGGUAUGCGUAACUUGACGGGAGUGCUCUGUUACCGAAGUGCUCUCCUCCAAUCCCUCCUUCACCAACCACAGUUUUGUCUGUGGCUCACUAGCUACCAUGAGCCGCAACAUUGUAUUUGGGCCGAAGAGACUCCUUGUGUGGCCUGUGUGCUACGCAACUUGGCGAAAGCCUACUGGUCUGGAGAGUCGGUCGACGCAGCAUACGUUGCUGUCGACAAAGCAUUCAAAGCCAACAAUUGGCAAAACGGCAUGGGUGGCCAGCAAGACCCAGAGGAGCAAUUGGGCUGGUUAGUCCAAAAGUUCUCGGAACAAUUGCCUGUCGCCCACUUCGCCGUCUUCGAGUCCUUGACUCACUUCGUCCUGGACUCUUCCACCAAGUGCAUUGCCUGCGGGCACAUAUCCAGCAAGCCCGGGGACAUUGAAGGAUCCUUGGCAAUCGACCUUCUUCCACGAAUCAAGGGGGGCGAUUUGGCCGCGUACGUGCAGCAAUACCUGUCGUACAACGUCACCGACUACAAGUGCGACUUUUGUGGCGACAAGGCCACUGACAAGAAACGAUCUCGGAAGAUCGCCCACUCUCCGGACUUCUUCGCAGUCCAACUCAAGCGCUUCGAUUGGCAAGGGAAGAAGGACUCUUACCCAAUUCCCUUCAAUCGUCGCCUCGAUCUGGAGUCCGUCCGUGCGCCGAACAACGAGACCAAAUCCAAGUACGACUUGUCUGCUGUGGUCUUGCACAGUGGAACGGCCAAAGGAGGCCACUACAUCAGCAUGUCUCGGGGUCCUGAUGGACAAUGGUGGAAGUUCGAUGACAGGUCAAAACUCCCUCUUACUGAGGCUGCUGUUCUCGCUUCUGCCAACAAGAAGUCAGGCGGAUUCACGCCGUAUCUCCUUUUCUACCAACGGGUGAGGUAG